UCAAACUGCUCUAGCCCUGACUAUCUAUUACAAAUUACUCUAUUAAAAUACUCAUUGGGAUUAUAUAGUCGCCCCACUCGAUAUUGACCCUUGUCUUCUCCCCCUCCCCGUGAAGUCUUACGUUACUUGAGACUUAAGUUGACAAGUCACUUUUUCUAAUAUCUUCGUUCCCGCUAGCGGCUUCGCUCAUCUUUCCCACCAUCCUGAGUAUAUCAGUUCACUCGUUCACUUUUUGAAUUGUUUGGUAUAGCCUCAGUGUUACCUUGCGUCCUGUAUAUCGUCGAAAUACUGUCUAUAUGUGGUGUUACUUCGCAAAAGCCUAUCGAGUUCUUCCAGUGUUCUUCGUUCUUCCUACUAGCGCUUAGGAAAAUCCGCCGGUCAGGUCUUACAGACGAGACAACCCCCGGUUGCGCACGCGGGCGAUUUACCAGACCCUCUUCAUCUACUUUUAACACUUAUGAGCCUGAAGGACGAUCCCGAAUUUCUUGGAAAUAAAAAACAAAAUGCAUAGCGACUUUAGUUUCACGGUUAACAACUAUGCCCCGGAUCCCAACGCCAAAAUGAUAAUUCCUUACCGGGGCUCAGUAACUCCGGUAAUGCAGACUCGCUCGCCAGAGCUGUCUCCAGCCAGCGAGCCGAGUCCAGUGGAGUCAAACAGCUCGGGCGGUUCUUCGAAGCACGAUACCGAGCCAGUUAAACCGACAGCAAUACAUAUGCAGACUGUCUUCUCGUCACAAACCGGAGAGGCGCAUCCUUCCCAGCAACAUUCCGCCCAAGUGUGGGAGACUCAUAAAGCCGAGAUACGACGGUUGUAUUUAGAAGAGAAUCGACCUUUGAAAGAAGUUAUGGCGAUAAUGCGCCAGAAGGGUUUUAGAGCGACGGUGAGGAUGUAUAAGUCGCGCUUUGACAAGUGGGGAUUUAGUAAGAACAAUAGCAAGAAAGAGGUCAUUGCAAUGCUCCAGCUUCAACGCCAGCGAAGUGCAGUGGGCAAACGUACAGCAUUUCACCGCAAUGGCAAGGAGGUUGCCAUCGAAGCUUAUCUAAAACGAAAAGGCAUUUCACAAUACGAUCUUGUUGAGCCUGGUCUGGCCGAAAAGCUCCCCGAGAAUUUACGCGCUCUCACGCCGCCGCCCGAGAGCCCUAAGAACUUACACGCCCCUGGGAAUCUCUCAUUACAAGAAUUAAUAUUACAAUGCGCAAGGGAUUUAGCCUGGAAUUGGUACUGCCCGCCCGAUACACCAUUGGUCGCCUGCGCGGCACACUACCGCGGUGAUGAGCUACGUUGCGCUAUCACAGACAUCACCAACGCCGAUUGGUUGUUUUCAGUUGGUCACUACGAAAGGGGAGGCGCUAUGUGCGAGCAAGGCUUCAAAUCCUUACACCUAAUGUUUAAAAAGCCAUCGAUAUACGGACUCUUACAUUUGUUAAUAACUAUGCUCGACGCUUCGAAUAGAGGAAUUGUCAAAGAGGUUUGGAGAUAUCUCGCGGCGUACGCAGCUACUGUGCACAUCGAUGGGCCUUUGGCCCGACUUUUCCAUGGAAUCUGGAAAUACAUGAGCACUCACGACUACGAAGAAUAUUGGGAUUUCAUCUUUGAAUGCACGGAAAAACUACUCCUUGUUGAAGAACAAAAUACUGGUCUCCCAGCCGAUACGCUGCCGAGAUUAUAUCCUAUUUUAUUUAUUCCAAGAGCCUACCAAUAUCGAUCCCAACCGUAUCGCCAACUCCAAAGCCGAUGUGAUUUCAGUCGACUUGUCCAAGGUCCGAUGCCAACAGCUAUUGAAGAACUAACAGUUUUCCAAGCCACCGAGCUGUUAAUCUUGGGAAAUCAGACGCUAUGGCAAGGCGACCGUGUUUUCCAACUCGCUAAUACCGUCCUAGAGAAUACGAAGGGCAUCGCAUACAAUACCGAGUUCUUCGUCUACAUUGCAGUAACCUCGCUAGCUCAUUAUCACAGAAAUCAAUUCUUAAUGAAAGACGACCCAAUCGACAAGGCAACCAACCAUCAAUUAUCGGUUCACUACCUUGAACAGAUCGUAUCAGUAAUGGAAGGUCAGUGGGACCCCGACAUGGGCUAUCUACUAGGCGAAUUGGAGCGAUUGGAACAUUGGUAUAGGGAAGCAGGCGACAUUGAACAAGCGGAUGCCGCCCAUGCUAGAUGGCAAAAGGCACUGGAAGCGAUACCGAAAGAUUUCGUGAGAGGGCAGAAAGGAAUUUUACAUUAGCGCCUGGGUCCUUUUAUCGUUAUGACUAUACCAUCAUUGAGUUAUGCUAUUUGGAAACAGGCCGCCGGCCCUGGUGCCGGCGUACGU